GGCCGCGGCCCCCACAACUUCCCUUGAGAAAUCUAGAUUCGUUUCAUUCUCUCUCUCUCUCUCUCUAGAUGGAUGUUGAGAUUGAGAUUCAAGUAGAUAUCUGAAGGAGAUUCAAGUAGAUAUCUGAAGGCUGAGCCCUAAUUCGAAUCUUUACUACCCGGUUACUGGACGAUCGAUCGUCUUCAGCGAUAAGGGUUUGAGCAAUACUUGGAUCCCUUGGUUUGACAUUGAGUUAAUAUAGACGUUGUAAAUGGUUAAAAGGCAUGGAGUUUGUUGAUGGGCAAGAAGCAUUUAGACGUAAAAUAAUAUCAUGUUGCAGUGCUUAGAGGGAGUCAAGCAUUUGUUUGCUGCUCUGCUGAAGUGCUGUGAACUCGAAAAGCAGCCCAAGGGCCUUGAAGAUCCUGAACUUUUAGCAAGAGAGACAGUGUUCAGCGUAAGUGAAAUAGAAGCAUUGUACGAGUUGUUUAAAAAGAUCAGCAGCGCUGUGAUCGAUGACGGGUUGAUUAACAAGGAAGAGUUUCAGUUAGCCCUAUUCAAGACAAACAAAAAGGAGAGCUUAUUUGCUGAUCGGGUUUUUGACUUGUUUGAUACAAAACACAAUGGAAUAUUAGGAUUUGAAGAGUUUGCACGUGCCCUCUCUGUAUUCCAUCCAAAUGCUCCAAUUGAUGAUAAAAUUGAGUUUUCUUUCCAAUUAUAUGAUCUCAAGCAACAAGGGUUCAUUGAAAGACAGGAGGUGAAACAAAUGGUAGUGGCUACGCUUGCUGAGUCCGGGAUGAACCUUUCAGAUGAAGUCAUAGAGAGUAUCAUUGAUAAGACAUUUGAGGAAGCUGAUACAAAACAUGAUGGAAAAAUUGAUAAGGAAGAGUGGCGGAAUCUGGUCUUACGACAUCCAUCUUUAUUAAAGAACAUGACCCUCCAGUACCUGAAGGACAUAACAACAACAUUCCCUAGCUUUGUGUUCCAUUCUCAAGUUGAUGAUACCUGAUGAUACAAUUCAACUAAAGUUUAGAAAGAUAAGCAGGGGCUGCUCCUGAUGGCUUGUUAGUUCUUGCGGACUAUAUGCGCUCUGAUAAACCCAAGCAUGUGGGAGAAUGGUGCCACAUGGGUUUCUUCUAGAAAGUAGUACCUUGGGAUAGUUUGGUUAUUGUUUGCUUGCAGUUGCAUUUGUUAGCCAUUUUUAACUAGAAAUUCCUGCUUUUAUAUUCAUCAGAUUGAUUAUUUGUUAUCUUUGUUUAUGAGAGGUUUGUAUUGUACAAACAAUAAAAUGUUACAUUGCUGCAAAAGGAGCAUCUAUAUUACAUAAUGCCACUUUUUUGAUGGAA